CCCCACCAACUUUUUCCCCCCAUCAACUCCAUAAAAAAACCCCAACUUUUUUCAAACCCCCCUCAAGAGAAAGAAGAGAAAGCAAAAUGGCAACAAUGGCUUCUCUUUUUCUCAAAACCCCAGGUCCAUCUCAACCUUUACCCAAACCCCACAAAACCCAUUUCCCUUCACCCUUCAGAAAUCUCCCUAUUCGGGCCGGGCCGAAGAAGUCCAUCCCGGCCCGUAUCCGUUGCGGGCUGAUCGAGCCCGACGGUGGGAAACUGGUGGACCUCGUCCUAACGGACGAGACCGUUUCUUUGCGGAAGAGACAGGCUCUGUCUCUUCCGCAAAUAAAGCUGUCUAGGAUUGAUAUUGAGUGGGUCCAUGUGAUCAGCGAAGGAUGGGCUAGCCCAUUGAAAGGAUUCAUGAGAGAAUCCGAGUUCCUCCAAACUCUUCAUUUUAAUUCGCUCCGACAAAGUGAUGGAUCACUUGUUAAUAUGUCGGUGCCUAUUGUGCUCGCUAUUGAUGAUUCUAAUAAGGAAAAUAUUGGUGAUUCGAGUAGUGUUGCACUUGUUGAUGAUAAAGACAAGACUAUUGCCAUUCUUAAUGAUGUUGAGAUCUACGAGCAUAAUAAAGAAGAACGUAUAGCCAGAACUUGGGGAACCACUGCCCCAGGUCUACCUUAUGCAGAGGAAGCUAUAACUCAUGCUGGAAACUGGCUAAUUGGUGGUGAUUUGGAAGUUAUAGAACCAAUCAAGUAUCAUGAUGGUCUUGACAGGUUCCGACUUUCCCCUGCUCAACUUCGAGAUGAAUUUACGAGGCGCAAUGCAGAUGCAGUGUUUGCUUUUCAACUCAGAAAUCCAGUGCAUAACGGCCACGCAUUGUUGAUGACUGACACACGUCAUCGACUUCUUGAGAUGGGUUACAAGAAUCCUGUCCUUUUGCUUCAUCCUCUAGGAGGCUACACAAAGGCAGAUGAUGUUCCACUUCAGUGGCGAAUGAAGCAACAUGAGAUGGUACUUGAAGAUGGGGUGCUUGAUCCAGAGACUACUGUGGUCUCUAUAUUCCCAUCUCCUAUGCACUAUGCUGGUCCAACAGAGGUUCAAUGGCAUGCAAAGGCGCGCAUCAAUGCAGGUGCUAACUUUUACAUUGUGGGCCGUGAUCCAGCUGGCAUGGGCCAUCCAGUAGAGAAGAGAGAUCUGUAUGAUGCAGAUCAUGGAAAGAAGGUACUCAGUAUGGCUCCCGGGCUGGAGCGGUUGAAUAUUUUGCCUUUCAAGGUUGCUGCAUAUGAUAAAACUCAGAACAAAAUGGCAUUCUUUGAUCCAUCUAGACAUCAAGAUUUUCUCUUUAUAUCAGGCACUAAGAUGCGAACGCUUGCAAAGAACAAAGAGAGCCCACCAGAUGGUUUUAUGUGCCCUGGUGGUUGGAAGGUCUUGGUGGACUACUAUGAUAGUUUGACUCCAGCUGGAAAUGGCAGAGUUCCUGAACCUGUUCCAGUUUGAAGGUAUCAUCAUUAUCAAGGUGUAUCACAUUGUGUUUGGGAGAAACUUUAAUUUAGCUCCAGAUUUGGUACACAUUCCUCUCAAAGGACAAAAUAAAAAUAGGGAGGCAUUGGUAUUUGUGUGAGAAAAAAGUGUCUCCAUCUUGUAAAUUAUUAGUGCCAAACGUGGCACCUUAACUUUGUCGACCUAUCUGUGUGCAGUUGUAUCAUAGGUUUGCUGUCAUCAAUAUGGAUUUCAGGUUUUCUGGUGUUAUAUCUUUGCAUUGGUCCAAGAAAAUGAAUUAUGUAUACUUUCACGAAGAAAAAAGCAAAUUCAGCUGGA